AAAAUAAUGCACCAAAAUGUCUUCCACUUUCCUUGCUUUUCCGUAAAUUCAGCUCACCACCUCAACAACCAUUUUGUUUGUUUUGGCUUUCUCACUUCCAUAAAUUGAGAAGCAAAGCAGUGAAGCAAGACACACCAAACAGAGAAGAAGAAUACCACCGUGAAGAAAAGAGAGCCACGAUGAAGGAGAGAAAUAGAGUUUUUUGUGUGUGAGAGAAAUACCGAGAGGUGUAGACAUAGUACAAUAGAAGAUACUGUGAGUGUGAAAGUGAGAGUUUUGUAUACCAUCCGAGAGGAUGAGAUUUAUUGAGAGAUCCUCAGAGAGUGAGAGAAACACUGUAAUCCUACUUUCAUAGUGGAGAUAUUUUUCUGGACUAGGUCCCGUGGUUUUUUCCGAGAAGAUUUUCCACGUUAAAAUUUCGGUGUUAUUAUUUUUACGCUUCCGCAUAGUGCCCAUUUUGGGGUUCACAGAGAAGGGAACAAGUACCGCUGUUUCCCAACACUAGGUACUGCAAUGAAUAACCAUCAAACGCAUAUAUGUAUUUGCAUAACACAAGAGACUGCUGAGCCAGUAGUGCUACACCGAUCUCUGAGAGAAUGUAUGUUGGUUGGUAAGAUCAAGGGCACUGCUUUCCUUCUUGGAACCGCAAAACCUUUAGCCUAAUUGUAUAUAGUACAUGAAAAUGUUUGAUGUUUGCACUUCUAAUUACAAGCAUGUCACAUAUAUUAUUAAUUUUUUAGAAAAAAUUAAAGUUUAUGCAAAAAGAAGUACUAUGCACACGAUUUUUUUUUUAUUUUAGAAAAAGCUUAUUUUGGUGGAGUAAUAAAUAUUUAAUGUAUUUUCUUGAAUUUUCUUGUUAGAUAAUAUGCUUAACUUUUGUUCAGAAUAAAUAGAAAGAAUCUUAAAAUAAACUUUUGAUUGUAGUCAACUAUAAUAGGCUAAUUCGAAAGCACUUUUAGGAAAUUGUUCAACAAUCAUUUUGGUGGAAAGAAUUUUCCACGAAAGAAGAAAACCCUAUCCAUUGCUAUAUGCUUGGCCGAAGAUAACGCAACUCCCCCCAAACUUAGCAAAAAAUGCAUCACUAUACUCUGAUCACAGAAUACAAAUAUCACGGUUGAGACUUACUACUGCAAACUUCAAACCCCACGUUCAAGUUAGAAAUAGAGAGUAACCUAAAUUUUGUAAGCAGCUAAUGGAUCUACUCGUAGAUAUUCAACCAUAAAAAUCUAAAAUAAAUAGUUUGCUAAAAGGGGAAACAAAAGAAAUAGGUAACCAUGGGGAUUCUGUGGUGAGAAAUCAGAAUCUCAAUCUUCGUUUCCCAAGGUAGCAUUUCACUUCCUAUACAUAAGAAAAAGGUCACAUUCACGUUCAUACAUGGUUUUCUCCAUGUUUGUUUCUUUUCACAAGUUUAAAACAUCCUUCUCAUUACCAAUUUAUCAUUUCCAUUAACGUUAUAUUAAUUGAUAAAACAUUCAAAAUCAUCUAUAUCAACUACUUCCACGUGCUUCGUUUGUAUUCUUUUGUUAUGAUCACGAUCAACCUUGUUUGCAACUGCACCAUGAAACCAUCCCCUAAGAUCCUAAUUGGUCACAAGAAUUCAUCGUUUCUUGCAAGAUGCCACCAUACUCUGAUCAUGUCUAUGUCCAAUAACUCCACCGCCUGUGGCCUCAAUCUCCAUCUCAACACCAUGCAGUGCCCUUUUCACGUGCGGGAAUUUGGACGCAUAAUGCAUGGAAGUCAACAAGUUUUCGGGCUGCUCUCUUCGAGUUUUGGCCAAUCAAGUUCCAUCGGUUUAAGCGCAACGAGAACCACAAAACGGGGUGUGUCUGCCAUUGCCGGGAUAGACUUCAAAUUCAAGUCUCGUGACUUCUCAAGCUCCGUGGAGACAUGUGAGAACAUUAAUGGUAAAAUGGUUUACCUAAAGGAUGGCAUGAAUGUGAAGCCAAUAGCGGAGGAAAGGGUUGACAAUGACGAGGAUAGUGUUGGAGGAGAGGAAGUGUCUGGUUUAGAAGCUGAUGAGAAAAAUAACAAGAGUGAGAAUGAACAAGAGGGUGGGAAGGUAGAGGAGGAGGAGACAGAAGUGGAGAAAGAGGCAUGGAGUUUAUUGCAAGAGGCACUCGUGACAUACUGUGAUAAGCCUGUGGGGACGGUGGCAGCGAAUGAUUCGGAAGAUCAACAACCUUUGAAUUAUGAUCAGGUUUUUAUAAGGGACUUUAUCCCUUCGGCUCUUGCUUUCUUGCUCAAGGGAGAAAAGGAGAUUGUCAAGAACUUUCUCCUUUACACCUUGCAACUCCAGAGUUGGGAGAAAACAGUGGACUGCUAUAGCCCAGGGCAGGGCCUGAUGCCUGCUAGUUUCAAAGUUAAAACUAUGAAAGUUGAAGGAAAAAGUGAAGAAGUUUUAGAUCCUGAUUUUGGGGAAUCAGCUAUAGGUCGUGUUGCUCCUGUAGAUUCAGGAUUGUGGUGGAUCAUCCUGCUGCAGGCUUAUGGUAAGAUUACUGGGGACUGCAGCUUGCAAGAAAGGUUGGAUGUUCAAACAGGCCUAAAAAUGAUCCUUAAUCUGUGCUUAACGGAUGGCUUUGAUAUGUUUCCUUCUCUGUUAGUAACUGAUGGAUCUUGCAUGAUAGACAGGAGGAUGGGUAUUCAUGGCCACCCCCUUGAGAUUCAGGCCUUGUUUUACUCAGCUCUUCGCUCGGCCCGUGAGAUGGUUGCUUCAGAUGAAAAUUCCAAGAAUCUGGUUGGAGAAAUUAACAACAGACUCAGUGCACUAUCAUUUCACAUUAGAGAAUACUAUUGGUUGGAUGUGCAAAAGAUGAAUGAGAUAUACAGGUAUAAAACAGAAGAGUACUCAUUGGAUGCCACAAACAAGUUCAACAUCUAUCCAGAUCAAAUCCCUUUGUGGCUAAUUGAUUGGGUUCCAACCAACGGAGGAUAUCUGUUAGGGAAUCUGCAGCCAGCUCAUAUGGAUUUCAGGUUUUUCAUGCUUGGAAAUCUUUGGUCAAUCGUUUCCUCUUUGGGCACCCCAGAACAAAAUAAUUCUAUUUUGAAUCUGAUAGAAGCAAAUUGGGAUGAUCUCGUGGGGGAAAUGCCUCUUAAGAUAUGUUAUCCUGCCUUGGAGCAUCAUGAAUGGCGAAUAAUUACAGGCUCUGACCCCAAGAAUACCCCUUGGUCAUAUCAUAAUGGUGGGUCCUGGCCAACCCUUCUGUGGCAGUUCACACUUGCAUGCAUGAAAAUGAAUAGAACUGAACUGGCAGAGAAAGCAGUUGCUUUGGCUGAGAAAAGACUGCCCCGUGAUUCUUGGCCAGAAUAUUAUGACACACCCAAUGCAAAAUUUAUUGGCAAACAAGCCCGGCUUUAUCAAACUUGGACUUUAGCUGGGUUCCUUGCAUCUAAGAUGCUUUUGAAGAAUCCUAAUUUGGCUUCCUUGUUAUGGUGGGAUGAGGAUUUUGAGAUCCUUGAGAAUUGUAUUUGUUUGCUUCACAAGAGUGGCAGAGUCAAAUCCUCUCGUGUCCCUGACAAAUCUCAGAUUCUCGUGUGAUGAGAGGCCUUCUAUACAAUAAAAGGUCUAGGGUAUGGUAUGAGUUUUAUAGGAAAUAGUAAAAAUUAUGGUGGUUGUGAAUAUGAUAAAUAUGGCUUUCCUUUUAUGAGAGAUGGAGAUUCUCACUCAUCUGUAUAUUUGCAAACAUGUACAUACUGAAUUUUCUUUUAUUAA